GACGACGCACUGCCGUGCCACCCAGUGUACCUACCCGGAAGCGCCACCAAAGCACGCCGCCUAUAAAAAGCAGCGUCGCGCCAUGCCAAUCCCAACUAAGCUCACGCAGACACAGCUACACAAGAGUCAAGACCACCUCCCCACCAGUGGCCAGCAACUCAGAACCUCCCAUACCAAGUUAGCAAUGGCAAAGCGCCUCGCCGUCGCGCUCCUGCUGCUGGCCCUGCUCGCGUCCACCGACGCGGGUGCCACUGCAGGUGCCGGUGCCGGUGCUGGUGGCGGCGUCGGCGAGAUGAAGGCUCCGGUGGCCGGGCUGCCGGUGCCCGACCUCCCGUUGCUGCCACCGAUUACCGGCACCGUCACUGCCCCGGUGGUUCCUGGGAUCCCUCCGGUUCGCAAAUCCACCGCCGCCAACAAGUCUCCAUGAUCAUCUAUCUACCUAUGGCGUACGUGCCGGCUUACAUGCAAGCUGAAGCCCAACUACUCGUGGCUCUAGACUUGCAGCUAGCACGUACCGGCCGGAGGAAAAUCGCCGGCGUUUCGCUCAAGCGUCUGUACCGACUAUCGUGUCGUGUGUAUUUCCUUUCAUUUCAGUUAAGCUGUCGUGUGUAUUUCCUUUCAGUCAUCGUCGACUCGCUUGAUGUGCUACAUGCAUCGUCGACGCGAUAAAUAAAGGAUUUGUCAGUGU